AAACAACAAAGACCUCAUUUGGUCCCAAGUCAACAUCAUCAACCUUGAGAUCUAAUUUCAUAGGAAAAAGAAGACCCAGGAUAUUUUUCUCUGCUCUCUCUGGAUUCUUUCUAGUUUCCCACUUUGUUCAAGUAGUAGUCGAGCAACAAUAUCAGUAGCAAAACCCAGGAAUUUGAGCACAAAUUCAUGCUCCAGAUGUUUUUAGGGAACAUCUGUUCAACGUCUGUGGUGGUGUGGAGCUUGGUGGGAUGUCUUCUUAUGUUUCAUCUGUACACUCUUGUUCAGCCAAAGGAUAGGUUGGGAGGAGAAAUUCAAGUCCGAGUGAGUCAUUACCCACAGUUCCAUGAACUUGAACAGGUGGAAGAGGAAAACAUCCAAAUUCCUCUGAAGAGAAAGCGACCCCCACAUGCUGCAAAAAGAAAACUAAGGCGACCAACUCCUCUGAUUGAUGAAUUUCUUGAUGAGAAUUCUCAAAUUAGACACGUAUUCUUUCCCCUGAAGCCUGAUAUUGAUCCAAUGAAGGACACAGGAAAUGACAGCUACUACUAUUUCCCUGGAAGGAUUUGGUUGGAUACUGAUGGAAAUCCUAUUCAAGCCCAUGGAGGUGGUAUUUUAUUCGACGAAAAAUCAAGGACAUACUAUUGGUAUGGAGAGUAUAAAGAUGGGCCCACAUACCAUGCUCACAAAAAAGGAGCAGCUCGGGUUGACAUCAUGGGAGUGGGUUGCUAUUCUUCCAAUGACUUAUGGAAAUGGAAAAAUGAAGGUAUUGUAUUGGCAGCAGAAAAAGAAAAUAAAACACAUGAUCUCCACGAAUUCAAUGUUCUUGAGAGGCCGAAAGUGAUUUACAAUGAGCAUACAGGGAAGUACGUUAUGUGGAUGCACAUUGAUGAUGCUAACUAUACCAAAGCUUCUGUUGGCGUUGCCAUUAGUGAUUACCCAACUGGUCCUUUUGACUAUCUCUACAGCCAACAACCCCAUGGAUUUGAUAGUAGGGACAUGACAAUCUUCAAAGAUGAUGAUGGUGUUGCUUAUCUAAUAUACUCCUCGGACCACAAUAAUGAACUUCAUAUUGGACCAUUGACUGAAGAUUACCUUCACGUGACGAACAUCAUGAGAAGAAUUUUUGUGGGACAACGUCGGGAAGCCCCAGCUCUAUUCAAGCAUGAAGGAACUUAUUACAUGAUUACUUCAGGCUGCUCCGGAUGGGCUCCUAAUGAGGCACUGGCGCAUGCAGCAGAGUCAAUCAUGGGGCCAUGGGAGACCAUGGGAACCCCCUGCGCUGGAGGGAACAAAGUGUCUCGACUUACUACAUUUUUUGCACAGAGCACAUUUGUGCUUCCUGUGCCGGGAUUUCCUGGUUCAUUUAUCUUCAUGGCAGAUAGAUGGAACCCGGCAGACUUGAGAGACUCAAGAUAUGUAUGGUUGCCUUUGAUAGUAGGGGGGACAGCUGACCGGCCCCUCGAUUACAAAUUCGGGUUCCCGCUGUGGUCAAGAGUGUCAAUAUAUUGGCAUAGAAAGUGGAAACUUCCUCAGGGGUGGAGCGGGUGGAAACGAAUAUAGGGUCUCUCUUAUAUCAUCUGUGUAUCUUACGUAUGAAGGCCAUGGAUAUUCUUUCACUGGCUUGCCAUGGUGGUGGUGGUGUUACUGUAAAUGAAGAGCAUAUAGUCGACUUGCACGCAGAAGAAACGAAGACGAGUUUGUAGAAUGUUUCCGUCUCAAGCACCGCCGGUCAACCUCUCUUAGCUUUGAGGAAGAGUGCUUGCGGAAACAGAUUGCUAAUCACAUAAUUUUUUUUCUAAUAUCACUUGAUUUCGUCAUUAGUUCAAGUUCUUAUCCAAGUGUCUGAAGAUUUUCCUUUGAUCCUUUUUUUUUCCAGGUAAUUUGAAAUUGUAACAUGUCCCAGAAUAUGAAACAAAAUGAAAGAUUAACAGGCAAUCGUAGCACGUUUGGUGUGUCCUUUAAAAUUCAAGAAUACUAAGAUUUGACCUUGGAA